GCAAGGUGUGAGAGCUGGGAGCAGAUCUCUCCAUGUGGAUGGUUGUUUGCUCUGAUAUCUUGUCAAGGUUAGGAGCUGAAUGUUGUCUGUUACUAUGGGGAAUGAUGACCCCCUGCUUGAUUCUGAGAGAAUCUUUUAUUGAUAUUAAAUACUAUCUAGAUGCUUAUCCAGACUUCCUGCUGUAUUUAUUAUUUGUGAUCCUUGGAAAAGGACCUUAAACUUUCUUGAACUAUCCCUCCUUCAGUGAAAAUUACAAGAUCAAUAUUCUUUAUAAACUCUUCCCCUCCCCAUUACCAGUGGAGAAAGUAGCAAGAAUCCUGGUGUAAACUGCUGUUUGUGCUAUUCUUUUACACCUACAUUAAACAGUCAUGGGAGGGACCCCAUGGGAGAUACCAGCUAGGGGCUGGCAAAAAACCCUGGGAAUUCCAUCCUAAAACACUACCUCUAGAAGAGCACAAUGGGAUCAGCUGUACAAGGUCAGAUCCUGGUUCCCCCUCUCAUGUUGGAUUGUACCCUGUUUCAACAAAGCUGUUUUGUUGAAUCCCACACUGUUCAGCAUAAUUCUGUGACCGUGGGCCUUGAAGUGCAGGUCACUCAUCUCAUGGAGAGCAAAGGGAGCUUUGGUUGCUGAGUUUCUGAUAUGUUCCAAGGAUGUGAAAAUUGAAUAGAAAUCUUGCUGGCUUUGCUAUUGCUGUGAUUGACUCUGAAAUCCUGUUCAGUGAAGUUGCAGAGGGUAAACUUUACUGCGCUUGGCUGUUAUUGGAUUAAUGAGUUCACUGAUAGCUUCUUGGGCUCCCAGAGAGGAAAGCCAUCAACCACAUUUUGUCAGAACAAAGUCCUCUAAUGUGCUUUAAUAAGAGAGAAGAAAAUUAACCUCUCAUUCACCUUUUACUGCAGAAUGUAAUCUGAACAAUAACACUGCAUUCUGUGUUUUUGUGAACCUUGGUUUUCAGGAGAAAUGGAGGGGCUUUCUCUGAGGUCCUGCAGUAUCUUGAUGUGUGUUCUGGGGGAGGCUGGCUGCAGGGUGGUGACCUGGAGGACCAGAUGGGGUCCACAGGCUCCAUUUUCCUGUGCUGAUGCAUCUUGCUGUGCAAAGUGUGUGUCCUGAAAUCUGGAGCAUAAGCUUGAUUUCAAAUAAUUUUUGUGGCAUGGAGGAAAUUGAUCUUUAAAAGCUCCAGGCAAAAAUUUCACCUCUUUCUCUUGGCUGCUUGCCACUGUCUGUUUUCUAUAGGCCAGGAAGAUGCUAACUGAAUGCAGUGCCUUGCAUUCUUGAGGCUUUAUUUCCUCAAGCAUUUAUUUGAUAAGAAAGAGGCUGUUCAGGGUUCAGCAUCUCCUUUGAUCUCACUGUCAUAAGGCCUUCUGGAAUGCUUCUGCAGGACCAUGGGCUGAAGCUGAAGAAGCACUGAAGGUGGGCUAGGAGCUUGCUUUGCUGUGCAGUUUCCAAGUCUUCUGCUCCACUGGAGAGCCAGCAAGGAGGCUGUGUCCCUUUCCUGAGGCUGAGCAGAGAGCAUUUCUCUUGGACCUUUGCUGAAUGCAGGAAACUUGAGUCCUGUACAAAGCUAACUUCCCAGGAGUCCUUAAAUACACAAACCAAGCAGUGAAAGGGAAUUGUCUUUUAUUCAUUUAGCAUUCUCCCACCCCUCUACCCCCCAUGUAUAUAUUAAGUCAUGUGUUCAGCUCAGCAAAGCAAAUGGUCAGAACACCAUCCUGGAACUUUAUUUCUUUUGCCCUAUCCCUGCCCUCCCCUAGAGUACUCCAAAUAUUUGUCCAGUUGGUUCAGUUUGCAAAGGGGAGACAAGGACAUUUCUCCUGUUCCUGGAGAUUUCUUAUUACUUUUCAGACUCAUUAGUUCCUGUAAUGAGUUGAAGAGCUCCCAGUGAAUGCAGCACAGUGGGGUUAUCAAUGGAAAUGUUAUGUGGGAUAGCAGAGAGAGCCUAGAUCUAAACAUCAAACCAAGUGAGGGUAGUGGUGACUGCUAAGUUCCAUUCUGUUUUGAAGGUAAAGCAAAUCCUGCAAGUUUGUAGGAGUUUAAUUGCUUUAAAAUAUACCCUGGCAAUGUGAAUGGGGUCUAAUAAUGUCAGUAUUAUUUUUGUGAUUGCAUCUACAUAGGAAGCCACUCUUUGCAAGUAAUUAAUUAAUUCACAUUUGUGGUAAUCCAGCCCAUCAUGCUGUGCAGGGAGAGGCAAAUGCUGUGCUUUUGGUAAACUUUCAGUCUUUUCCAUGGCCCUGCAUAGGAAUUGAUGCCGUGGAUUUACUGGCCUUGGCUGAGUCUGGAUUUUGAGGGGUGUGGGAGAUUCAACACCUUGUGUGCCCUGUACGUCUGCAGCAGGAGGUCUGUGCACAUGCAGGGAUUGCAAAUGCUGUUUGAGAGAGGAUUAAGAACAUAUUAGAAAGCUGUAGACUGGGGAAAUGCACCCACUGUUCCACUUCUAGUGAGAAGCAAACAGUAACUGUGACUUGGCAGCUCUCCUGUCUGGGCUGGCCGUGUCUGUCCCUGCUCCCACCCCGAGGAGAAGUGUCCUGCAUCCCUCUGCAAGCAUCUUCUCCAGCUGUCCUGGAGCACCUCAAGAGUAUCAGAGAUACUGCUCUAAAGGGCCAUUCAUUUAACCUGGUAUUUUUAUCGCUGCAAAUCAAUACACAGGCUGUAUUUGUUUAAAACUUUGUCUCUAAUGGUGUAAUGCUCUGGGAGAGCUCACAGGGGGUUAGUACAGCUGAUUGCACUGGAUGUGCAUGGUAUUGAUACAUCCUGACACUGUGUCUGUCUGCUGUUAUUAAGGCCUGGAAGUGGUGAAUGUCUGGAGGUUCGAUUGGUUAAUGCCUGUGCACUCACAUGUAUUUGUAUUGAUGGGGUUUUGUCCUUUUUUCUCUAUUACACUGACCUCCAGGCUAGGGUUUGUGGCUCAGAACAUUUGCUAACUGUUCUCUGUAAAGUGCAACUCACUGCCACCAGAAUUUGAAGUCUAAAUGCCGUCUAAUUGCUAAAUGCCAUCUAACUUUCCUCCAGGUAUGUCAUCAGGUUUUUAAUGAUGGAACCUCCACUUUGCUGGUGGAAUAUAUACAUCAUAUAUUAUAUGGGUUUUUUCCCUGUAAUUCAGCUACUUCAGCUAACUCAAAGCUUGAGAAAAUCUGUCAUGUUCAGUUCACUGGAAAAAGAUGAUGAGGUCCUAAGUGGGGCACCCUUGUAGUUGACAUUUGAGCUCCAUGUGCCCCAGAGAACUCAACUAUAAAAUUGAGUUAAUGCUGGAGCUGAUUUGACUGUGAAGAAACUGCCUCAGAGCUGAACUGCUUUGCAGUUGUAGCUCCACUUGUAUAAAAGAUACACCAGUUAGAAAUAUAUGCUUGCAGUUACAAUAAACACUGCAGUCAAAAUAUCUUCAAAGGCUGGAAGGAUUCUGAGUGAGCAGCUGAGAUGAUUGAGUUAAAUAAAUGCUGAACUGAUGCAAACAAAGCUGGAUCUGAAAGCAUCAAUAUUUAUCUUGCUUUGGUUCAACUGAAGGUGGGAAAAGCAGAAGUUGGAGGUCUAGAUGAGCCAAAUUCCAGGUCCACUCAGAUUCUGUGAAAAUAGACUCAAGUCUGGAGACUUGUCAGUUUGUCCUUGUAAAUUUGUUGAAUGCUUUCUCAAUAUUUUAUUUCAAAUGCAUUUCCCUUUACCUUAGAAAAAUCUAACACAGCAUGCAUGGUGUAUAAAGUUGAGAGGAAAAAUUGGAACCAAAUUUCUUUUUAAUAUAAAGAAAGAGUCUAUAAGAAACUCUACUGAUGACUGCUUUAAAGAAAGUAUGCAGGAAACGCAAACAUUUUCAUAGAUAAUUGAUGAGACAAGGGGAAAAAAGGAUGAAUGGUUAUGAUCAUCCUGAAGGAAACUUAGAAAUCUUAUUUUUUUAUUGUCAGUAUUGUCUGACAAUUGUUUCAAGAACAACCUCAGUGCAUUUCAGUUAGGAAAGGUGUAAUCAGUCCUGGUUGUUGCAAUGACUUUUUCAUUGGUUUUUAACAAGCAGAAGUGAGAUUAUUUGGAACUAGAUUGUGUUGAUGUUCUCCUGUGCCCAGUGCUUCCAGGGGAUCUGUUUGACUGCACUUCUCUUUUAUACCUCCCCAAUUCCUCCCCAGAGUUCAGCAGCUUUACAGUUUCCACAUCUGUGUGGUGAGUGCAGGGAAUGCUUAAUUCCAUGGCCUGUUUUGUCACAGGAGCCCUGCCUGUUUUACCUCCAUGAGCUGCUCCUUUCUUUCCUCCGGCAGACUCCUCUGCCUCUGAGCUUGUGCACCUCCUCUUUUAAGGCUGUCUGAGAAUGUGGGCUCAUAGAAAGGUCCCAGUGCUUUUGGGCAUGACAGAUUUUAGAGUACGUGGGUGAUGCAGAAGAAAUGGAAAAGUUUAGUGAUUGGCCAGGUGGUACAGAAUCACAGUCUUGUUUGCUGUUGAGAUACUUGGCUGCAUUGUUACAGCACUUCAAUGUGGAAAAUUGUUAGGUGUGAUCUAUGCAGAAAAGAGAGCAGGAUUUGGUUUUAAAGAUUCUUACUCUUUGAGUCCUGACAGCAUAUGGGAACCUCUACUUACAUAAAAAGCUCACUGAGGUACCUUCCAUGACAAAGGACAGUGUUCAGGAGCUGCCCUGCUAAACUGUCACAUUUCCAUUGUUGCUUGACAUUUGUACCGUAGCUCCUGUGGUCUGCUGCUCCAUUCCUUUGUCUGUGACAGACACUCAUUUGGAAAAUACAAAGUGGAGCCAGUUACCACUGAAUGAUCUUAAAACUAGGCUGAACUUCUGUUUUCAUCAGGGAGGAAGAUGAUGCCAUCAGCUAAUUUGGUUGAUCAAUAGCCCUGCUGGCUCUGGUUUCAGAGCUUGUGGUUAAAAGCCGAUUGCACUGGAUCCAAAAUAAAUUUGAUCUAUUGGUUUCCACAAAUGUAGCAUAGCCUGGAAUGAUGUUUCAGUGCUGAUGCUUAACUGGUUUUAAUAAUGAUGACAGACUAGACUGGUGCCUGCUGUGAGGACACUGUAAUGCAUGAACCCUGGGCAGCUGAGCACUUGUGUUUUUUACAGUAGUGUGGAGCUGUCACUCCCUAGCAAAGGUCCAUUAUUCUAAGACUGGGAAGCAUUACAGUGUUUGCUGAGCAAGUGUAAUGACAUCUUUCCUGAAAGCAAGCUGUGAUUCUGGUCUCUUAGCAAGACAGAGAUGCUGGCAAUGAUUAGACUGGAUUGUUAGCUGUGGCUAAAGAAUGACUAUAUAAUGGCUACAAGCCCCACAGAGGUCACACAGUCACCUGGGGACACGGUUGAAGAGUGCACAGGAAAGAAAAAAUCCAAAUUCCAGACUUUCAAGAACUUCUUUGCCAAGAAGAAAAGGAAAGAACCUCCACCUCCCAGGGGAGAGAGUAAUUUAAAACCUUGCCAGUCCAGCAGCGAUGUCAGCAUCGCUGUGCUCAACACUGCUGCACUUCAUUCACCGGGGGAGGCUGGUAAAAUUGUGUCUUGCCCACAUGGAGUACCUCUUGUGCUGGAAAGGACUAUAAAAUCAAACACAAAAGGAUGGGAUGGCCUCAUUAAUGAAGAAAUAAGGCCCAAGGGUAGCAUGGGAAACAAAGCCUUGUCCCAUGACAGUGUCUUCAUUUUGGAGUCUGCACCAGGAAAUGUGACAGGUGAUGUCUUGUCUCAGGAAAACAGACCUGGAAGAGUGAAAACUUUGCAGCUUCAGUUGCAGCAGAAUGUCAAACUUGGUUCACCUCCUCUUGUUAUAACUGGGAAAAAAUUGGAAGAUGCAGGUGCUGUUUCUGAAGAUGAUGGCUUACCUAGAAGCCCUCCUGAAAUUUCAACCCUUCAUGAAGUUCUGACAGAUUCGCCAAACAAGUCCUCCAACCCUGUUCAGCGUCAUAGCUCUUUGAGUUUAGGUGGCACAGACAGUGAAGAUGAACAGAUACCUUCUGGAGCUUCCUCCAGGCCCAUCAGUCCUUCAUCCUCUGCCACCCAGGGGACCCCCAUUUCACGAGGCAGCAGCUUCCUUCCUGUUGAUUUUACCAUCCCUGCCAGUCCCCUUGGCUGCCUGGACACCUCAGCAGCCAGGCACAGGAUUGCCAUCAACCCGCGGAAACAGAAGGGCUUUACCAACAAGCACCAGCUGCCCCUCCAGGUGGAGCAGCUGGAAAAUGAAACAUGUCUUUCUGCAACUCCAGAAAGGAAGGGAAAUUCAACAGAAUUACUUGAGAGUGACAAACAUAAAAGCAAUUGGGAAGGAUUACCAGCCCGGGUGGGACACUGUGCAAAGAGAGGUGGUUUUAAGGAGACACCAGGUGUAAAAACUCCCACUGAAGCUGCCCCUGACUCUUGUGGUUCCACACCUGUGGUAGAAGACCCCUGUGCUUUGCUGCAAGAGGAUGGGUGCCUUCCUGCUGUGGGCCAUCACUACAAAGGAGCCACACUUCUCCUGAGGCCUGAGCCUUCUCCAGUGAACCUGGAAAAACACUGCAGUGCAAGAGUGUUGUACUCUGCAGAUGGGUCUGCUAAUGAAUCAAAAGCACCUCCUCAAAGUACCAGCGCUGAAGUAGCUGCACUUCCAGAAUUGCAGCAACUUGAAGGAGAAGCUGUUGAGUCUCCAGACAUGCCAGCAGCUGACUUGUUUAGCAGUGGUGUGGAAACAUCUGGCAUGGAUAUAUUGCCAGAUGUUGCACCAAGUUCCUCAGUAAAUUCUGUGGAUCUAAACGUUAAAGCCCAGGAGAAGGGGGAUCCACUGUUUAGUGGCAAAGAAGAACUCUGCUUUGGUACUGCUGGGAAUCAUUCCAGCCAUGCAGUCUCAGAUACUGCACUGGCUACUCCACAAGUUGCAGUAGCUGACACAGAGUCUUGUUCUGACAUCAAGACAGUGGCUGAUUUGAGGUCUGAAAAGAGUUCAGUAGCAAAAAAUGACAAAGAAACUUGUGAAAUUAUGGAAUUUCAGUUAUCCAAGGACAGUGUAGAAAAAAAAAUAGACUCUGCUGCAUCUGUCCCAGAAGCAGUUUGUGUGGUACCUUGCAGUAAAUUGGAAGUAUGUUUUAAAGCAGAAAUAGUUCCCGUUUCAAAGGGCAACCAAGGCAGUCAACAGGCCAACACAUCAUGCAUUUCUGAAAAACUUUCCAUUGGGUGUCUUGCUUCUUCAAGUUUGGCUGGCUUGAAGAGUAAUAUAUCUUCUGAUGCUGACAGUAAGGAGUACCAGGUAAGCAGUACAGCUUCUCACAGAAAAACAACAGAAGGCAGUCAGUCAUCAGAUGAAAAUGUAAAAAGCCCACUGAAGACUGCUUCUGCUAAACCAGUCAGAUUUACCAUUGCACCAGCAUGGCAAAGAUCUCUCUCAGGUGGUUCAAAUUCAAAGGAAGAUUCCUACUUCAGAAGUUCUCCAACAUCCCCUAUAAGACCAGAGUUCUUUGAAGGAGUGACAAAAGAACACACACGUUUUGAUGCAGUUAUGCAGGAAUCAGCAAAAACCAACUCAGAUAGAUUAGAUCGAGAUUGUAAGGACAGAGAUCUGCACUUGAAUUCUUUUAUGGAGUGGGCUGACCAUGAAACACAAAACUUUGAGAGCCCAUUUGGGGUCAGACUGAGAAGAACAUCAUCUUUACUAAAAUACCAGAACGACAGCCGUGUAGAGCCUCCAAAGCUGAUCCCCUCAGCUGCUCCAGUUGCUUCUUCUGCCUCAGUCAAGGAGGAUCAGAAAUUGAUGGGCACUGGGAAGCCACCUCCAAACCUUCCUGUCAACACAAAAUCAGUUGUCAAAAAAACAGGUUUCCUAGAAGACAAAAAUCCUGCCAAGGCAAGAUCAGAAGAAGUGGCAAAGAAGCAAAAUGGUUGUAAACCUUCAGAAAAAGUCUCUCCAUGUUUGGAACCUGCUUCCUCUGAACCAGCUUGGGUCUCCAUGGCAAAGCUGAAACAAAAGGGUUUCCAGGACCAUCCUCUUGCCAAAGAACAUAAAGAUGAAGACAAAGCUUUGACCAAAGUGGAUCCAGGGGAGCCAGGGAUCUGUGCUGGUGAGAACACUCUGAAGAAGAACAUGCCUUCCAGCUCUCAGGACAAGAAAUCACAAACAAAGACCGGUGUGUCUGCAGCAGCAGGUAAAGUUGGACCAAUUUCUCAGGAAGCGUCUGUGGUUCCUGCUGUUGAAAAGGAAGCGAGGCACUCCUCUAACCUGCCAAUGACACCCUGCAGUCCUGCUGAACCACCCUGGCUGUCCCUGGCCAAGAAGAAAGCCAAAGCAUGGAGUGAAAUGCCCCAGAUUGUACAAUAGCAAAUGACAAGACCAUCCUUCUCUGCAUUGCCAAUAGCUGUGUUAACUCCACUUAAUCCCUUCUUUACUACGACCAUUCUUUUUCUUUUGAGAAAUAAGAGCCUUAAAACUUUUGAUCAGACUGUUGUAUAUAAAGACAUAACGAAGAAAUGCCAUUGUGGGCUUCAUCUGAUGUAUUAGGAAGCUGAGCAUUUCCUACUACCAGACACUAGGAACAUUUGAUUCAUUUUUAUGUGCUUACACAUCUGAUGGUGAUGUUCAGAAAAGACAUGCUUCAGGCUUUUGAAACAUUUCUCUAGCAAAAUAUGUUUUUAAAGUUUCUUUUAAAGAAACUUGUUCUUUUAAAAAGACUGUACAGUGUUUUGUAGGGUUUGGCUUUGAGCUAAGAAAUUAACGUGUGCUUUAAAAUAUUCCCAAUGCUGGGCACUGACGCACCGUGAGUCAUGGACACUGAUGUCAUCACACUCCUUUCUCUAGGGCUCUGUGCUGGGCAGCCUGACUCUGCUUCAAAUUGUUAAUGAUCUGUUUUGUGAUAGCUGUAGAUCUAAACACAUCUGAGCUGGAGUGAUUCUGGCUUUUGUGGGAAGUCUCAGUGCUGUUGGUCUUGUGCUUUGCUCACAGAUACCUGCUGGAAUGGCCCCGAGCUGCACACCCAUUCUCUCCCAUGCACUGGAAAACCACCACACUGCAGCAUGUGUCUGCUUUUAGUCAUACCUUUAGAAAUCUGGGUAAAUUAAACAUUCUACUAAAAAUGUCCUUCCUUUCUUUAGUUAUGGCAAAUAGUGAUUUUUUGGUGAGAUUCCUCAGCCAAUUGUCUCUCUUAAAAGAGUGUGUUGGGGGGAGAGCUUGUUCCUUAGAAAGUGGCAUCUUCUUUUCAAGAAAUGCCACCCUCCAUGUUCAUAAAGAUGUGUAUUUAGUCAGUUGUAUGUGAUCUUAGUCAUAAAAGGGCCAUCUGCUUUCCUUCUUGUCUCACCCCAUUAACUCAACAUCAGUCUGAGAAUGUGCAGCUGGAGCAGGGUUGUUCUCUCAGGGCCUGGCCUUGCAGUCACUCAAACUCACAAAAGUUUUGCUAUUGACUAUGAAGGAUGCAGACAUUUGAAAAAUAAGCUUUGUGAAAUGGUGUUGGUGGCUUAAGAGACAGUGGCACUUACUGGUGCUUCCAGUUCUUGCAGAAUUGCACGUUCAUGUAGUUUUUGUUUACAGUCAGUGCAAAAUUUGAAGGCUGAUUGACUGGUUUUAGCUGGAAAGUUGGUCAGAAUUUUUAAAGGAAAAUAUUAUCUAUUGGUAGGAUUAACUGCAAACCAAAGAAAAUUGGUUUCAGAUUGCUCAAGCAAGACUUUAAUCUUCCAGUUUUGGCCUGAAUUUAAUAUGUAGUUUUUGCAAUUUGAAAACAGUAUUAACUAGGAGGUAGACUGUGAUUUUUUUUUUUUUUAAUAAAGGUGAAAAGUUACUUGCCCUGGAAGGCUCAGAAUCUAUAGAUACUAUUUAUUCUGGACUAACACCAGAAAGAAUAGGAGUUUCACUUGAUAAGGAAACAAGGAGUGGCUUGGUAAUUGAUGCCUAUUUUGUAACUUCUUUUUCUCUGCUUUAAGAAGCAUAUAUUUCCUUACAAAAAACUGAAGCUUUUGUAUUGCUCUUAAACUUUUGAGUGCAAUGUAAAAGAAUUUACUCGGCUUUGAUUCCUGGAGUUUUGUACAGUUGUCAUCCCACCACAAGCUUACUGACCCUGUGUAAAAUACAGGCCUUUCUAUAUUUAGCCAACUCUCUUCUCAUUCUGUUAAUGUGGAUUGUGAUUCUUCACCCAAAGCACUGCAAUGGAUACUAUAAUCUCUCUUUCCUUUUGAUCUUAAUACUGCUCCUGUCUUUUAUGUUUGGUAUGUAUAUAUGUUUUUGUAAUCCUUCUCUUGAAGGAACCCCUUUUGCAUUCCAUCCCCCUCUUUGGUUUACUAUUAAAUGCUGUUGCCAGUGAUGAUGAUAUCAUUUCUGGGAAGAGGGAUGGAUGACCCUCGUUCAUUCAGGAAGAAAUAAAAAGAGGUCUUUGGUCAGUAUUGAUUCUGUA